AUGCCAUCGCAAGAUAAACCUAAACGGGCCGCUGCGAAUCCGGAAUUGAAUCCGUUCCUGAGCAGGGCGCUAGCGAGAAUAUACGGAGACGAUCCAUCUGUGGAGGUGCGAUUGCCCGAGCUGUCUGUUGACGAGGACAUCGAGUACUGGAAGACGCUGGCCAAGCGGGCCAACAUCCCUAUAGAAGACCCCGUGCCGGAGCGCGAGGCCCCAGUGGCGCACAGAGAGAAACAACAGCGUAGCGGGAAGUCAUUGAGGAGCGUAUUUCGCAGAGAGAACUCAGCAACAGAGGUGCCGUUGAAACGCAUUCCGAGAACACGCAAGGACGAUUUCAGCUGGUAUCGCGAGUCGAAGAAGCGCUAUGCGCGGUAUUUGGCGGCGUCGGCGCGCGAGGAGCGCGAACUGUACGAGCAGAUCCACAAGGAGUACCUUGCCGAGCGCGAGAGUCUGAAAAGGCUCGAGGAGGACGAGAGCCGGGUCGCCAAGCUUGCGCAACUGCUUCGGGAAGCUAGUGGAAACAAGGAGGUGAAAGAGGAAGAGAGUAGCGUGGAAGCGCAACAGGAAGAAGCAGAAGAGCACGACGACGAAGAAGCAGAGGAAGCGGAACAGGCAGAGUCUGACGAGCAACGUGAGAGCGCACACUCUGACAAUUCGAUUGAGGUGAUUGAGCUUGGCUCUGAAAGCGAGGAGUCUGAGCAAGAAGAGCCGGACAACUCCGAAGACCAACCAAAAAUUGCGGACCGGUUUGCAGGCAAGCGACUUCCUCCUAUAAGCAACUACGUGGUGAGCCACUAUGGCGAGAGCGAAGAGGAGAGUGAAGAGGAGAGCCAGGAAAAUGAGGUUUACAGCGAUGAGAGCGAAGAGAAUGAAGAAGAGAUCGAAGGGGAGAGCGCAGAAGAGAGCGAAAUUGGAGAGAGUCAGGCAGAGGAAAGUGUCGAGGAGAGCGAGGAUAUUGAAGAGAGCGAACGGGAGAGCGAGCAGGAAAGCGAGCAAGAGUCUGCUGAUGAGAUCGGAGCACCAGUCUCUGAAAGCCGUUCUGGCGAGCGAGAGAUGCCGCAGCCUGUGGAGCUACAGGAAAUCGACCAGAUGAUGUCUGAGGCAGACAGCAUAUUGAACCAGCCUGUUGCAAACGAGUCCAUCUACUACUCCUACCACGAAAGCGAACAGCCGAGCGAGGUUCCGGACUGGACCCAGAUCGCGCUUCUUGCUCAACAGGAGACGAGCGUGUACGAGGACGAGGUUAUUGAUGAGACCACUCGCAUAGAGGUGAGGGCCGAGGAGACGGCGGAAGCGGCGGAAGAAGAACAGCCGCAAGAGCCAGAAAAAGCUGACGCGGCUGAGGAAACCGAGGCAGAUCAGAAAGCUGGAGACUUUGAGCAGGCUAGUGCCGAACAAUUGGAGACUGUGCCAGAGGUGUUUGAAACGGCUAUCAUGGACACUACAGAAUCCGAGCCGCCUGCUCCAACGAAAAAACACAAGACCCCUCCGCCUGUGGAGCUGCCGAAACGAGUGCCUAGUCCAAAGUCGCCGAAACUGGACCCUGGUCUGUUGGAUCUUUUGUCGGGCGCAUUCGACGUGCACAACAAGGCCAGCGAGGAGAGCGAGCCGAGAGUUGCAGAAAACGCUGAGAAGUCUGUGCAUUUCGUAGAGCCCGACACAGAGAUUGACGUGGAGCAAGGGGCAGAGAGCACGAACAUCGAGCACGAAGAGACAGCGACGGAGACGGCCAUGGAGACGGCCACGGAGGGUGAGACCACGGUGCUUGUGACUGCGCCCGAAGCCGAGACGUCGCAAGAAUACGACGCCGAGUCGACUGUCCUGGACACGGUGUACGACACGGCGAUGGACUCUGCGGCGGAAAACGCUGACUCUGGCGACGAGCCUGCGAUCGAGGUGGUGGCCGAGUCGUCGGUGAUCGAGAACGACGCCGGCGACGCGUCGAUCGACAACACGAUCGACCAGGAGGCCUAUGCGACGGCUUUGCUCAACACGACGCAGGCAGACGACGACACAGAGUCGGUGCUCGCGAACCAAACGGUAUACUACGACGACGAGAACGCAGACUCCGAGGAAGUGGUGGAGCCGGGGUCUGUAGAGUCGCUGGACUCGGACGAGGUCGAUCACGUGAUCAUGGAGGAGUGCGGCGAGGAGGUGGCAGGCAAACGGAAGCACGAGGAGGAGACGGAGCAGGAGCCGGAGCCGGAGACGGAGCCGGAGCCGAAGCGUGCCCGAGUGCAGACCGGAUUGCUUGACACGCUGGAGCAGUUUGCGUCGGAGGCGAUGAUGGAUAUCUCGACGCCGGAGGUUGAUGUUAGGGAGGCGGAGGAGAAGGAUGUGGAGAUACCAGAGGAGGCCGAAGAGACGGCUGUUAUUUGUGUUCAGCCAGAGAGCGAGGGGGAGGAGAAGCGGGAGAAGGAAGGGGAGCAGGAAGAGGAGAAGGAGGAGGAGGUGAUGGAAGAGUCAGAGGAAGAGCAAGAGAGGCAGUUGGAGGAAGAGACGGAGAACGAGCAGUCGCAAAAGGAAGCGCAGCCUGCCAAUGAAGAGCCUCAGACGGAUGCUUCCGACCUCGAACCUCAGCCGGACGCAGGUGCUGCUGAACCGGCAGGAUUUUUCAGCUCCCUGAGAGAUUUCGUUUCUGGAGCGAUGAUGGAGAUGGAGAGCGACGCCGACCGGAGGAAUGUCUCCGAGGAGAGCGAGACGGAACAGCUGGAAAAAGAGGAGCAGCUGGAAGGUCCCAUUGAGCCCGCGGAAACUUCCGACAGGGACCACCAUGGAGAGGUAGGAGGGGUUUUGGAAGCGGACAAAACGUUGGAAGAGGUUUCUGAGGAAGAAAGGACAGAGGAACCGCAGCUGCCAGCAAAAAUACCAGAGUACGCUGUCGAGACUGCAGAGCAUAAGGAGGAAGAGCGCGAAGAGGGGCCAGCCGAGGCAGAGGAACAGACGGAAAUCAUCCACGUUCCGGCAGAGGAGUCUGAAGGGGAGCUAAAAGAAGAGCGGAAAGAUGAGCUAGAAGAAGAGCCAAAAGAGGAGCUAAAGGAUGAGCGAAAAGAAGAGCUAGAAGAAGUUCUGAAUGCAGAGCCUGAUGAAGCAAAAGAACUGACGAUACCGGUCGGCGAUGCAGAGACUGUUGAAGGAAGCUCGGCGCAACCAGAGGCAGAAUCAGAGGGUGCUGCGGAGCCGGAUGUGGAAGCCCUUGAAAAAAGCCCCGAAGAAGUUUCUGAAAGUUCAAAGGAACAGCCAACAGAGGAGCAAGAAGAGGCGGAGAUUUCUGCUGAGACGUCACUGCAGACUGCGUCGCCAACUCCCGCAGAGAACAACGCCAGCCCUGCUUCCGACUCACAACUUCCAGAAGUGCAUUUUGAACGUCUCUCCCAGACGCGUGGCUUUUUCGGGCUGCUCUCGGACUUUGCCUCGGGGACUCUGGCCGACAUUUCUCCGAACGUAUCUGAAGACGAGCCAUCUGGGCCUGAUGGGGAGCCAGAAGAGGUAACAGAGGAAAAAGAGGCAGAAGACGCGGCAGGACAGACGCUUGCAAACGCUGAGACGAAGUUGGAGCAAGAAGAAACCACAAAUGACGACCAGCUACCAAAAGAUGAGUUUGAGGAACCCGCGCAGACCAUUACCGUCAAGCCGGACCCUGUUUCUUCAGAGGCUUCUCCAGAGUCUUCGGAGAUCUCCCCAACUGCUUCUCCAAAACUCUCUGACGCCGAGGUUGCAGAUACAGUUGACAACAGCGAGCCAGAAGACGUUCCCGUCAUCCAUGUUCCUGCUACAGAGUCUCCCGCGACAGAGUCCCAAAUCACCGUCAAGCCAGAAUCGUCAGGCUUGUCGCUAGGCGAGGUGCCUUCUUUGAACCCAGAGACGCAGUCUGAGUCUGAGCGGAGCAGGGAUGCUUCGCCUGCAAGACGAACGAGAGGCCGUUCUCAAAAGCGCCACAGCUCAGAGCCGCGCGACAGCGAGAGCUCAAAGAAACAGCGGCGCGCUGUUUCCGACUCUGAGACCUCGCGCAAGCCAAAGUCGCGGCCGUCGUCUAACGGGGACAGACUGUACCGUGCUAAGUCGCCAGUCAAGAUCACGAGCAGCGGCAUGUCCACACGCAGCGGCCGCGUGCUCUCGUACGAGCUGGAGCAGAAACGGGGCGAGCUGAGCAACCCGCCUCCUGCUACUCUGCCCAAGGCGGUGAAGGACCUGGUGGAAGAGGCCGAGUUCUUCAUCGAGGAGGAGAAGGCCAAGGAAUUGAAGGAACUCGUUGACGAGGCACAGCAGUUUGUUGAAGAGCCUGCUGCCCCAGAGGAGCCUGUUUCUGAGCUCAAGGUGGAAAAGAGACGCAAGCCAAAGAGCACUCCGGAACCAGAGCCAGAGCACUUACCACGACGCACGUCGCGGCAGACCGGCCGCUCAGCUGUGCCGGCAGAGCCUCUUGCCCGAAUCCCGCCUCCGCGCAGAACCCGCAGAGCGCCAAAGGACAAGAAGUCCAAACCCAAAUCUAAAAAAUAG